UCAAUAGGUGUACAGUUAGGCAGGUUUAAACUAAUAUUUUUAGUUACAAGAGAGACGAUAUUGUUUCAUCGUUUUAGCUUUACGACAAAGUCAUAAUGACCGUUACUAAAAUAAAUCAAAGUAAUGGACGUGUUUUUAAUGUGUAGAUUAUUGCAUAAAAUCUGAAGUUGUUAUUUAUAUUCACACGGAAGUAAAAUUUGCUAAGAUUCUUCAUUAGAUAUGCUUUACGCUAGCAGGAUCACUAGUGACAAUCAAAAUGAAAAAACUACAAAUUCAGAAUGCUCAACUAAACGCAGAAACAAAAGAACGACCAUCGCAAACAAUACUAAGACACCUUCGAUGCCCAACAUCGGCAAAUGCACGCCAUGCCUUGGUGCCUCCUCUACUACGGUCGCUUACGCGAGGCUACCGUUCUCCACCAAGGAUUCACUUGCCGCACGAACAAUGUCAUAUAUUCUCCCUUCACCGACAACUACCAUUUACACACCGAUACCCGGUGCAACGCCCUUCAGUAUGAUGCCAGCGAUGGACAAUGCCGCAUCUAACCAAUCAUUCUAUCAAUUCAGAAGGCCGGAUGAAUAUGCAAAACAGUCGAUCGUGUGUAACGCAACGUUCGACAAACCGUCUCAUAUACCUAAUUUCAUGCCAUUCUAUUUCAUCAAUCCAACAACAUAUCCUUGUCAAACAAUCGCCAACUCAAUUGGAACGACUUCCCACAGCACAUCAUAUGUUCAGUCAGUAUGUCAACUUUCAAGCUCUUCAAUACCUCAUUUAUAUACUGCGCCUCUUUUUACGCAAGCCAGUCAACCAGCUUCGACAACACCACAAGUAUUAUUCGUUACUCCUUCGAAUCCCACAUCGACCCUUUCUUUGAAUUCAAAUUUGAGUUCCGUGGUAUUUUCGUCCCAGUCGCAUGGGAAUUACAAAUCGUUUCCUGAUGCGAUAGCAUUCCUUGCGACGUCGAUGUUAAACAACUAUUGCGACACGUCAACUUCUGGUCGAAUUGAGGCGAUGCACAGCCACAUACCUUCCACUACACGUUCCAUGAAACCAUCGAUGCUACAAGCUACGUCUUCAGACCCUGAUGUACAUGUAUCAACAGCAUUUGUCAGCGGUGAUCCAUCAGUGACCAACGUACAGCCAUCAAUUAUUCCAAGACUAAUACAUUCCGCAAACAGUACAACAUCCACAAUUAUGACGCCUGCUCCAUCAUUGGUCUCUACUAAAUUUCCGAUGACGCAAGCAAAGCCAAAAUAUGUAAACUCAAAGCUCCAAAUGAAAGUCGCACAUAAUUCUCCAUUUACUGAAUGCUCUAAUAUAAAAUCGGACUUAAUUGUUCCAUCUCUGCAACAAAUUUCUAUGGAAGGAAAUUUUAAAAAUGCAAGUGAAAAAGACUCAUCGGACAGAAAGAGAGCUAAUCGUAUAUGCUGUGAAAAGACAGUUCAACCAAACCAUUCUACAACUUACAAAUAUAAUCGUGACAUUGUCGAAUAUGCGUUAGCAAGAACACGGACAUUAGACGAAAAUAGUAUUCGUUGUCCAAAUUAUUUACCAACAAACUUACAAAGCAAUAAAAUUGGGAUAAAUGAUACAAAUAGCGUUCAAAAAAGCAAUGAUUCAUUAAAUGACACGGAUGAUUGCAUCAGCAAAACAAACGACAGUCAUGCGGGAGAACCAGUGAGUAAUCACAAUAUUUGGACUUCAGUUAACGACAAGAACACCGCCGAGAACAUGUCUUGUGAAACUAUUGAUAAAAAGACAUAUGAACCACCUGUGGACGAUUAUCAAAACGGUUCAUACACAAGUGAGAAAAUUCGAAAAGGUACUACGCAAACUACAUGCUUGUCACUAGAUAAUACCUACACUGCGCCUUUGGAUUUAUGUACGAUACCAAAGACAAGCAUUUCUUUUGAGACACACAUGAAACAAAACCCACAUGAUUACAUUAUAGAAUAUUACCAUGAAAACGACAGUCUAGAGGAAUCUGACUUUGAAGACGACGACAGCCAAACAGGUUCAACUCAAGACGAAAUCUUCCCAGUUGCUGAACCUUUAAAUCUAUCAAAAAAUACACCACUUGUACCUUCCCAAAACAAAUGCAAUUUUAUGAAUCAUGAAAAAUUUGACAAUAGAAAACAUUCUUGUCAUGAAGAAACUUUAACAGACGACGACCAGGCACAUGACAAAUCUCGAGUGUCUCCAAAGGAUAUGUUGGUUAAAUUGGAUAGCAUGAAAGCCCAAAGAGCUUCCAAAAUCAUGCACGAGCGUAUUUCUGAUGACGAUUCUGAACGGAACAAUUAUGACGUUAACCCAAGCUGUGCGUUGGAAAGAAAAGAUAGAGUAUUACGUGGUUACGAAGCGUUGAAAUGCGAUUCUUACGUAACUAUUUGUCAAGACAAUUGCAUAGUUGACUUCUCUAAAACGGGUUCGAAAGAAUCUCUUGUCAACACAAGAACACACAGUUCAGAAAUGUUACUUGAGAAUAUUUCCGAUGACGAUACUGAACAAUGCAAUUACCAUAAUAAUUCGAGAGUGAACUUUCUAACAAUCGACAGGGCUAAAAGCCCAGAUAAAAACGGAAUAUUUAACACCAACACAAUAUUACAAGAAAAGUGUACAUCAAACGACGAUAAUAGUCCAGUGAAUAUCAUUAACAACUUCGUCUUAACGGACGCGAAUAAAACAUCAGACAAAAACAAAGCAAAAAGCGGUGUUCUAAUGAUGCUCGAAAAUAUUUCUGACGACGAUGAUGAUACAAAGAAUGAAAACAUUUCAAACAACGACCAGCUUCAAGCUGCUACUUGCAAUGCCAUAUCAAUGACCGAUGCAGGUAUAUGUAUGCCAGGGAGCUUUGAAACAAAUAUGAUGGAUACUAUUAUGUCAAAAAUGUAUCUUCAAAACAUCUUGUUGACAACAAAUAACGGAUUUGUCGUUAGUAGUGUUUCAUGUAAAGGUACUGGUAUUACACAACCUGUCGCUAUACUAAUGAACAAUGUGUCUCCCCAAAGCACGCUCAAACCGUUAUCUGAGACGGAGCAGACAAUUACAUUAUUUUCCUCGUCUACGACAAGGUGCCAACCAGCUAUUUCGCUACCGACAGUUCUUAAGGAUUACACAUCUCAGAUAAACCCUUUACUACCAUCUGACGCUGCAAGAUAUGACUGCAACUUGUGUGGUAAAUGGUUCAUCGGCGAGCAGUCAAUCAACGCACACGUUGCCACUCACAAAAAGGCAUACAAGUGCAAAGAAUGUUGUGCUUCCUUCAACUGGUUGGGCAACCUCCGUGAACACAUCAAAGUCGUACACCGGAAGUUAAGACCCUUCCAUUGCGGGGUAUGCGCGAAAUCCUUCUCCAAGAAGUACCAUUUGCAGCAGCACAUGAUAAUCCACGCGGGUGACACCCCGUACAGAUGCCGUAUAUGCCGGAAGUCAUUCUCGUUCUCUGUUCAUUUAAAGCGACAUAGUCUGCAGCAUCUCCCUGCUGAGAAAUUGCACGCGUGUUCUAAAUGUUCACAUACAUUCUCGGACAAAAAUAAUUUGAAAAUGCAUUUUCUCAGGCAUGGAAAGCCAGAAGCAAAUAAUGCUUAAAUUAGGACAGUGUUAUAGUAGAACUUAACUCAAAACUAUUUAUAUUUUAUUUUAAUAUGAUUUUAAUGUGUUUUAAAUUAUAACCAUUUUGAACUGU